AUGAGUGAAUGUUUGAAAUAUCAAACACCAGAUUCUGAGUGUAUGAGAUAUGCAAUUAUUUCACAUAACAUUGAUUUUGUUACAUUCUUAAUGAAUGAAUACAAUAUAGAGAUCGAUUUAGGAUACUGUGGAUUUUACAAUAAUGUUGAAUCCUUUUUAGUUCAUUUCGAUCAAACUAAUGAUAUAAACAAAUGCUUUGUUUAUUCAUGGAUUUUUAAUAUUCCAUCCAUUUUGGAAUACUUCCUUUUGCAUGGUGCAAAUAUCAAUGUAAAAAAAUAA